AUGAAGCCAAGCGCAGAGGUGCUUGUCGUCCCGUCGCUGCAUGACAAUUUUGCCUACGUCAUAAUCGAUGAAAAAACGAAGAAGGCAGCAUGUGUAGACCCAGUGGAGCCAGAAAAAGUCCUCCGAAAAAUCGAGAACUUGAACGUCGACUUGGAAUACGUCCUCUGCACGCAUCACCAUUAUGAUCAUUCAGGAGGGAACAUACGCAUGAAGGAGCUGAGGAAAAAAAUUAAAGUCGUCGGGUCGGCGUACGAAUCGACCCCUGGUGUCACUGAAAAGGUUUACGACAGCCAGAUUGUGCGUCUAGGCGAAGUGUGCAUAAGGGCCAUUCAUGCACCGUGUCACACGAGGGGGCAUAUCAUGUAUUAUGCAUACAAAAUGGAUGACCAGAAAAACGAAGAUAACAACUAUGCCCCCAUUUUGUUCACUGGAGAUACACUAUUUAUUGCCGGGUGUGGCAGGUUCUUCGAGGGUAGCGCCAAGGAAAUGUUCAAAAAUAUAGAAAAGGUUAAAGGGUAUCGGAAGGAAACGCUCAUUUACUGCGGACAUGAGUACGCCCUUAACAAUUUGAGAUUCGCCAUGAGCAUCGAAAAGGACAACGAACACAUGAAAAACAAAAUGAAGGAGGUGGAAGAAAAAGUCAACAACAGAAAGCCAUCCGUCCCAUCCACCAUCGAACAGGAAAACCUGAUCAAUCCAUUUUUCAGGACCCAUCAUUACACGGAAAAGUUCAGCACCACGGAUGAGGUAAAAAUAUUGGAUAAGUUACGCGAAUUAAAAAACAAUUUUUAG